ACAUGGCUGCCAGUUGUAUGGAACUUUUCUGUCAUUCGAAAGAGCGUCUGUAAAUUACGAAGCAAGAUGUCCAAGUUAAUUGUUAUUCGUGUUCAGUCUGCCGAUCAUGGCACUAAAAGAGUGGAAGUGAAGGCCUCAGAAUCAGUGGCAUCUUUUCUUGAUAAAGUACAAAAAGAAUUUGGUUUAGGAGAUAUAGGAUGGAGUGUGUGUAAGGACAGACUGAAGAAGACAGGUGUUGUGCGUCACUCCAGAAGCCGAUCAAUAGAUUCACAAGGAAUUAAACAUGGAGACAUGUUGUUCCUGGUGACAGGGACAUCAGCUGUCAAAUCAAAGGGAGAUGAGGUGGCUGAUGGAGCAGGUAUGGAGGUAGAUGCCAAACCAGCUGUAACUCGCAGGUUCUCAAAUGAUGUGGCGCUCGAUGAGGUGGACAAGUUUUUAGAAAAACAAGAUGGGAGAAUUCACCGAAGCAGAAAUGAGCAACUAUGUCGACAUGGGCCUUCAGGGAAGUGUUUACAUUGUGUUCCACUUGAGCCUUAUGAUGAACAGUUUCUCAAGAGUUGUGAUCCUCCCAUCAAGUUUCUGUCAUUUCAUUCAUACAUAAGAAAGAUCACAGGAGGGGUGGACAGGGGAAAGUUUGCCUCUCUAGAAAAUAUCAGUUGUAGAAUCAAGCCAGGUUGCAAGGAGCAUCCGCCAUGGCCUGGGGGAAUCUGCACCAAAUGUCAGCCCAAUGCUGUUACAUUGAACAGGCAGACAUACCGACAUGUGGACAAUGUGAUGUUUGAGAACCCAGCCAUAGCAGACAGGUUUUUGAAUUACUGGCGGAGGACUGGCAAUCAGAGACUGGGAAUUCUGUAUGGUCGUUAUGAGCCUCAUAAAGACGUACCCCUCGGUAUUAAAGCUACCGUCGCUGCCAUAUAUGAGCCGCCACAAGUGUGUACAAACAACAGAAUACAGCUGUUAGAUGAACCUCUAGCAGAAGUGAUCAAACAGGUGGCAGAGAAACUGGGCAUCAGUCCAGUGGGCUGGAUCUUCACAGACUUGGUGGCUGAAAACCUUCAGAUGGGCACUGUGAAAAACAUACGUGGCAAUGUGGACACCCACUUUCUGAGUGCUGAGGAGUGUAUCAUGGCAGGGGAAUUCCAGAACAGAUUUCCAAACCCUUGUAAAUUAUCAUCAGAAGGUCAUUUUGGCUCAAAGUUUGUUACAGUUGUGGUAACAGGUGACAACACAAACCAAAUUCACUUUGAGGGUUACCAGGUGUCAAAUCAGUGUAUGGCAUUAGUUCGGGAUGACUGCCUGAUCCCCACCAAAGAUGUACCAGAGCUCGGCUAUAUCAAGGAGUCCAGCAACGAUCAGUAUGUGCCAGAUGUAUUCUAUAAGGAGAAAGAUAGUUAUGGUAAUGAGGUGACCCAGUUGGGCAGGCCAUUGCCUGUAGAGUACCUGCUGGUAGACUUUCCUGCUGCAUUUCCCGUAGAGCCUCAGUUCACUUUUCCUGUCUGUGAUUCUAUAAAACCAUUCCCUGUGGAAAACAGGACAGAAGUCGGGGAAAUACAGGAUUUUGGUGCUUUAAUCCACUACAUGCAACAGUUUGCACCUGAUCGUUUUCUGGAAGCCAUGACAGAUUUUCACCUACUGGUUUUCCUCAGUACAUCAGACAUGUUACCGCUUAAGGACAAGAUCCCCAUGCUUUUGGAAGCUGUGAAAACUAGAGAUGAAGAGUUGGCUCGCAAGUUCAAGAAAACAGAGAAUUGGGCGACUGUUGAAGAAAUGAUGGCUGCUCAUGUACCAUCACCUCCCACCUCUCGCCAGACGUCCUAUGCCGGAUCAGGGGGGUCCCAGCAGGCUUCUAUAGGUGGAGUAGAAGCUAGUUGGACCUGUGCUCACUGCACCUACAUAAACUCUUCUGACAAAACUACCUGUGAAAUUUGCUCUUUGCCACGCUGAAUUACCCCCCUUUCAUACCGCUCUCCAGUGCCUCUUUUCCAACAUCAACACAGUUUUUUACAGUUAUCACCCGAGGAAGGUUUGAAUAUUCUGCAAGAAUUAAUGUCAUGGAAUAUUUUCUGUACACCGAGUAAACAGUUGACAUGUUGUAUUGUGUAUUAACUUCACAACAUUUCAGGUUCAUGUAUUUAUUUUAGAAUUCACAAACUCCAAGCUUAGUAGAACACAUGGAUGUCUUAAUUUCACUUAACUAACGUUAAACGGCUGUGAUUAAUUUAACGAAAAACAAGAGAAGAAAAAUGAAAUUCAGGUGCCAAAGAAGCUCAUGUUUACGAAGAUGUUUCCGAUGACAUUUAUGAAUGUUUCAGUCUGAAAAUUGAGUUCAGUUGAUCGCCGUUCUAAAAUAAUGAAUUUUAGGGCAUAUUUAAGAGUGUUUUGAUGGUAAAGUGGCUAUGUGUGUCAAAGUUGACAAAUGCCAGAAUAUUAUUCUGCAUGUUAGUGUAUGAAGGAUGUCCUAGAGUGUUAAAUGUUCCAUUGCAUAGUUAAAGGUCCUUGUUCCCUUUAUGUGUGAUAUAUAAUGUUAAAUGUAAGUGCUCUCAUCUCGUUUAUCUCUCUUCAGGAGAACAUAUUUUUACCUGAGGAUAAGCAUUCUUAACAGUGCUAUAUUCAUCUAGAUCAGAUCUACCUUGCAUCAAAUGAAAACCUCUAAACAUUAGGGGGGGAAAAAAAGAAAGAAAUAAACAUCAUUCAU